UUUUAAUACUCGAACACUGGGCGGGUCCUUUCUGGCCACGAGGAACUCGCUUCCCUAAAGGAGCACCGCAUCCCCGAGUGCUGGCGCCUCAGCCUGAGAGGGCUGUCCCCAGGGUGGAUUACAGGUCUCACAAUGCCAAGGGAGCUCGACGGGAAGGCUCGGAUGCGUCCACAGGCAUCCCCCACGCCCACUGUAGGCCGCAGAGGGGUCGCGCCACCUCAGGCCCAGGACAGAUCUCAAAGGCGGCCAGCGUGGAGCCCGACUCUGCUCACCAUGCUCCGGGCCCCGCAGCGUGAGCGUAGGCGCCCGAGAGGCGGGCGCGGGGGUGGGGGCGAUGUCGGGCUGACUGCGCGCUCUGGCCCAGCCGCCUCCCUUUCCCGGCCCACACCCGCGCGGCCGCCCUCCGCCUGCCCGGGAGCUGAGGCUGGCGGGAGGGCGGGAAGCGGCCGACCAGUCUGCACCUGCAUGACCCGGUCGCGCGCCGCCCCCUCCCCUUUCUCUGCCGGGCUCAGUCCUCCUUCCUCUUCCGCCCCCUCCCUUCUCUCCGGGCGACAGCCGGGCUCCGCCCCGCUCGCGCGGCUGUCCGGCCGGCUGUGAUGUCACCAGGCCACGCCCCUGAUGUAAAUACUGGCGUCGGCGGCACCGCCUUCUCACAUUCUCAGGCUCCCGUCGCGGCCGCAGGUUUACCUUUUUUUUCUCCUGUCGUCGCCUUUUCUGCCUAUUCUCAUCCUUUCUCUCUCUGCUGUUCUGCGGUGUGACGAGUCGGAAUCCUCUCCCCACCCAGCCCGCGCCUUUCUUCUUUUCCUUGCGCUGUUCUAUUUCUCUCUUUCGGCCGCCGCCGCCACUGCUGCACAGCUGGUGUCGGUGCCGCGCUUUUACCCCCACGUCGCUCCCGCAGCCUAUGGCCCAGGCCGCCUUGGGUAUUUCUGCUCAAGGUAACCACAUCCCUCUUUAAAAAUUCCGCCAAAAAAGAGAAGACGCUUUACCCGACUCUUUGGGCCGUUAUCUCACGGCGAACUUUCUGACCAAGUAUACAACUACCCAGAGGGCCUAGGAGAAGUGCUGUAUAGAGAGCAGUUCGACUUCAACGCUGAGCCACCUUGGGAACCUAGCUGAUGAUAGGGGGGUUCCAUCUCCCAACUUGUCCAUGGAGGUCUUCACUUCAGAAAUCCAAGACUCAUAUUCAUCCAGCUUGGUGUCAAGUGGGCUGUUGCUGCCAGAAUUAUCUUGUGAUUAUUUGAGAGAUGUAUCAGUUUCUUCUGAAGUACAAUCAACUGUAGAAGCCUUUGUAGCAGUUUGUUGCAUAUUCUAAGGACCCAGACAUAGGCUUGGCGGCCCGUCUCUUGUUUUUCCUGGUUUAUGACUUUCGGCUUUGUGGAAUACGGCUGAGAUGAAAGGAUUUAUUGAUGAUGCAAACUACUCCGUUGGCCUGUUGGAUGAAGGAACAAACCUUGGAAAUGUUAUUGAUAACUAUGUUUAUGAACAUACCCUGACAGGGAAAAAGGCAUUUUUUGUGGGAGAUCUUGGAAAGAUUGUGAAGAAACACAGUCAGUGGCAGAAUGUAGUGGCUCAGAUAAAGCCAUUCUACACAGUGAAGUGCAACUCUGCUCCAGCCGUACUUGAGAUUUUGGCAGCUCUUGGAACUGGAUUUGCUUGUUCCAGUAAAACUGAAAUGGCUUUAGUGCAAGAGUUGGGUGUAUCUCCAGAAAAUAUUAUUUACAUAAGUCCUUGCAAGCAAGUGUCUCAGAUAAAGUAUGCAGCAAAAGUUGGAGUGAAUAUCAUGACAUGUGACAAUGAAAUUGAAUUGAAGAAAAUUGCACGUAAUCACCCAAAUGCCAAGAUUGUUUUUCAUUAGGUUCACUUGAUUCAUCCGUCGCUGGAUUUGGGAGCACUGGCAACAUAAUCAACAUACUUCCUACAAUCUUCAGGCUUCACAUGUGCUGAUGAUGAUGUAAACCAACUCUGCCCCAAUCAUCUCCCCUUCUCUUAGGGUCUUACUACAUAUUGCAACAGAAGAUAAUAUUGGAGGUGAAGAGGGUAACAUGAAGUUUGGCACUACCCUGAAGAACUGUAGGCAUCUCUUGGAAUGUGCUAAGGAACUUGAUGUCCAAGUAAUUGGGGUUAAAUUUCAUGUUUCGAGUGCUUGCAAAGAAUCUCAAGUAUAUGUACAUGCUCUAUCUGAUGCUCGAUGUGUGUUUGACAUGGCUGGAGAAAUUGGCUUUACGAUGAACAUGUUAGACAUUGGUGGAGGAUUCACGGGAACUGAAUUUCAAUUGGAAGAGGUUAAUCAUGUUAUCAGUCCUCUGUUGGAUAUCUACUUUCCUGAAGGAUCUGGUGUUAAGAUAAUUUCAGAACCCGGAAGCUACUAUGUGUCUUCUGCAUUUACACUUGCAGUUAAUAUCAUAGCAAAGAAAGUUGUUGAAAAUGAUAAAUUUUCCUCUGGAGUAGAAAAAACCGGAAGUGAUGAACCAGCCUUCAUGUAUUAUAUGAAUGAUGGUGUUUAUGGUUCUUUUGCAAGUAAACUUUCUGAGGACUUAAAUACCAUUCCAGAGGUUCACAAGAAAUACAAGGAAGAUGAGCCUCUGUUUACAAGCAGCCUUUGGGGUCCAUCCUGUGAUGAGCUUGAUCAAAUUGUGGAAAGCUGUCUUCUUCCUGAGCUGAAUGUGGGAGAUUGGCUUAUCUUUGAUAACAUGGGAGCAGAUUCUUUCCAUGAACCAUCUGCUUUUAAUGAUUUUCAGAGGCCAGCCAUUUAUUACAUGAUGUCAUUCAGUGAUUGGUAUGAGAUGCAAGAUGCUGGAAUUACUUCCGAUGCAAUGAUGAAGAACUUCUUCUUUGUGCCUUCUUGCAUUCAGCUGACCCAAGAAGACAGCUUUUCCACUGAAGCUUAAACAGGCAUUAACGCUUCUUUAGAUCUGAAGUUGCAGGUUAAGCUUGUCUGGUCAACAUUCCAGUGUGGAAAAGUAAUUUAAAUGAUCUUAUUCUCUUAAUUAUUUGGCAACAAAAACUAUUAGUAAUAGCUAUUUGGGACCAGACAAAAUCAGCUUUCAUCUAUAAUUCAUUGGGGAUAAUGGGAGAUUUCAAUGGGGAUAAUGUAUCCAGAUUUAAACCUACCAGUUUGUCCUACCCCUUAAGCGUUUAAAAUAAAAUAUGCAACAAAAUGGAUGACUUAGUGGAGAUGGAAGCCCAUUAAUUGGGUUCCCCAUUAAACCGUUUACAUACAAGAACACAGUUUUUAUACUAAGGAUUUGUGUUUAAAAGUCUUGUAAAGUUCAUGUCUUUCACCCAGAUAUAUCACAUGUUAGCAAAAGACCAGUGUGACUUCAUUAGAUAACGUUUAGUGUAUUUAGAAUGUGUAAAUUUGUGCUUUGAACUGUAGUUUAAUAAAUGUAAAAUUGCAUCAUAGGAUUUGUUGUAUUUGACCUAAUGUAACCCUUGUAUGAUUGCAAUAAAAUUUUGUGUAGAUUUUACUGUCUUUUCAGGCUAAAACUUCGGGAAAGGGGCUAGCUAGCAAAGGUAGUUUUGAAAUAGAUGUGUAUACGGACUGUUUUGAAGGGUUUUUUUUGUUUGUUUUUUUUAAUAUCCCAGUUAAGUUUUGUUUGGCUCAGUGCAUUUUUCAGUUAUUUAAUUAGUAAUUUAAGUAAAGUGUUUGGUAAAUCAUUGUGAAGUUCAGAUUCAUUAUGGAGAGUUGAUGUGCAGUAAGCAUGAUGUUUAACAAUUUUAACACCCAAAAUGUCAAUCCUGCAUAAAUGAAUUGUAAUAAUAAAUAGGUGUUUCUGUAUAGAUAGACUGCAUAGAGUACCUUAGUAAAUCUUUGAAUCACAAUCUUCUGGCUGAAAUGGAAGAUUCUGUUAAAUACUUUGAAUAAACUUAGGGGGAGGGAAAUAAAAUUGCAGAAAACUGCAGAGCACUAAAACUUAAAGAAGGGCUACAUCUUUAUCCAGAUACCUGUUGCUCUUUUGCACGGAAUGUUUAAAUUCAGAGUUGGGAUGGGGUUGGGGUAAAGCACACUUAUUUUCUUCAAUUGCAGUGAUUUCAAAUUUAGGAAUUUUUAAUUUUGGUUUGAGCUGUUCCCUUAGCUUCCUGUUAUUCCCGUUUGUUCUGCUUAGUCAUUACUUUUAAUUCUUUUCUUACUAAAAUUUUGUGGUGAUUGGGAAAGGGAGUUAGCAUCACUAACCUGACAGUUGUUGCCAGGAUUUUGCUUUGUUUACUGCUAGUAUAUUAGUAAUCCUAGAUCUGAGAAUAACAAUAGUAAUAAACAACAGGGGUCAUUUUUUCCUAACUUACUCUAUGUUCAGGUGCAGAAUUUCUGUCUCCCAAGAGGAAAUGUGACUUCACUUUGGUGCCAAUGGACAGAAAAUUCUACCUGUACUACAUAGGAGAAGUUUGGAAUGCACUUAAUAGCUGGUUUUACACCUUGAUUUUGAGGUGGAAAGAAAUUGAUCAUGAAUCUCUAAUAAAUUCUCUUAAACCAGUAGGUGCUUAAUAUUUUUUGAUUUGAUUAAUGCCCAUUUGAAUUUCUCGGGUUCUAUUAAUUAAAAAAAGUAGGACCCCAAUUUAUCGCCAUCAAAUUACCCUUGGACUUUUCCAAGGUAUAAUAUGGAGUUUUAUGCAAAAUUCCAAGCUACCUUGUAGAUUUUUUAAACCAUAACAAGGAGGGGGAACUGUUUCCUACCUUCUUCACAUGUUGUGCAUUGUCGUGGUCCAGAAAUGUCAAACCUUUUUAAAGAUGGUGCAACUUUGAGUCCUUGGCUUGGCUGUACUGGCUUUGAACUUCAUGGCAUAUCAACUUUGCCAUAUCUGUAGGAGAGCUGUUUGUGUGAAACAGCUCAGAGUUGCAAAUACCACUUGUGAAUGAUAGGGUAAUUUUAAGAAAUGUCUGUAUUGUAUUUGAAGACUGUUUGCCAUAAAUCUGAAAUUUGAACCUGUGUAUUUCAAUUUGGUAUGCUAAAAAGUUCUGAAUUAAUGUAAAGUUUUUGUUAUAAUAUUGUAAUCUUGGUUCAAAAGUUAACUGAAAAUAUAAAACCCAAGUGAUUUCUAUAUAGUAAAUUGAACUGUAAAGGUAACUUGUGUGUGAUUCUGAAUGCAUAGAUAAAUGUUUUUAUUCCUCA